AUGAGUACAGACGAAGAAACGAAUGAAAAUAUCACCGAUGGGGUUCCAGCAGGCAUACUUCAAGCUGCAGAGAAUGUUAAAAACUUAGUACCCGAUAGGUCGAAAAAAAGAGGAAAGUUGAUGCUACAAUUGGUUCUGAAUGACACCAAAUCAACAGGAGCCAUAGCACACAAUAGCUCGUCUAGAUUUGAAUCUAAAAGGAGCACACUUAGCUCAAUUUGUAAUCCAAGUGCUGUGCCAGUACAGUCUGAGAAAAAAGAUGAUAACUGUGAUCCAGGAGGUUUAGAAAAACUCUUGACUGCAGACGAUGGAAACCAAACCAAAUAUUAUGCAACUUUAGCUCCUCUUUCUUUGGACGCUUUUGGUAUAAAUGAUGCCAGUAAUACCGGCAACGUUAAUUCCAGCAAGUUUGACGUGCCCACCAAUAGUAAUCCAGAAGAAGCUAUUCCAAUAAAUAACCAAGAAGACGCAGCAACCCCUUCAAAAUUUUCCCACACCGAUUAUAAUUCAAGCGACUCUCUCGAUGAACCUUUUCAAGGAAGUGAUAGAGAUAGUGAUUAUUUACCUUCAGAAAAUGAAGCAAACGUGACAAAAUGGACAGACACGCUUGAGGCAAGCGACAAAAAUGAAACAAGUGGUACAGACACGGGCGAAGAAGGAAACAUAAAUGAAGAAGUCGAAGUGCAAAAUGAAGGAAGUAAUUUGGAAGCUCAAAAUAUUGAGAAAGAUAUCACUGAUGGUAGAAAAAGAAAGCGAAAAAGCAAAGGGCAAGGAGAUCCUAAAACUUGGAAAAAACGAAAGGCUGCACGAGAGAGGUUGCAGGGUAAAGCGUACAUUGGUUAUCGAAAAGGCAGUGGUGGGAAAUACCGACAAAUAUUACCUAAAGAAAAACGCCAGGUGAAACCGCCUUGUAAAGGUCAUAAUGAUACAAAAAAAGGGCCUCAGCAAAAAUUUGAAUGUUUAACUGUUACCAAUGAAGAGCGCAGACGCAUUUUCAACUAUUUUUGGCAACUGACAUCAUGGGAUGCUAAACGAAUGUAUGUGUCUGGACUUGUGUCACAUACUGUACCCAAACAUAGAAGAUCUCAAACGGAACCCUCAGAGUCGCGUAAAAAAAUCGGCUUCAAAUAUUACCUUGCGAUAAACAAUACUAAUGAAAUCAUAAGGAGACAUGUCUGUAAAUACAUCUUUUUGGCAACCCUUGGAUUAGGGGAGAAAACCGUAAGAGCUUGGGUUUUGAAGCAGAACGUGGAAGUAAACGAUGCAGGAUCACCAGAAGAUCCACAUCAUCAACACAAAAGAUCUGAACCUGGAAUAUCGGAAUUUACUAAUCAUAUUACUGAGUUCUUAAAUGCUUUUCCAAAAGUAGAGUCCCAUUACUGUCGAGCAUCCAGCAGGAAAUUAUAUUUAGAACCUCUCUGGAAUAGCUACAGAUAUUUAUAUCGUGAAUUCCUUAUUCAUUGCCAGCGUGAAAAUAAAAGAAGUUGUUGUUGGCGAAGUUUUAUGAAAGUGUUUAAAUCCAUGAAUCUAGAAAUUUAUACUCCAAGAAAGGACCAAUGUAAUAAAUGCAUAAUGUAUAAGACAGACAACUUAGAUAAGCCUGAAUACGAUUGUCAUUUUGAGAGAAAAGAGCAGGCACGCAGUGAAAAAAAUGAAGACAAGGAAAGUGCAAAUAAUGAAACCAAGUGCGUGUUUACAAUGGACUUGCAAGCUUUUUUGCUAUCUCCCUAUACCCAGGCCUCUGCAAUGUACUAUAAGCAAAAAUUGAAAGUUCAUAAUCUUACUUACUACAACCUGCAUAAUAAAGAAGUUUCCUGUUUCUUGUGGCAUGAAGGAAAUGGGGGGGAAAGUAACGUUUUUGUUUCUAAUACUGUAAAAUUUCUAAAGACUGAAAUUGAAAAGUACCAUCCCUCAAUUAUAAUACUUUGGAGCGACGGAUGCUCCUAUCAAAAUAGAAACGUUAAUAUGUCAAAUGGUCUUUUGGAACUUGCUAUUGGACAAAAGUAUUUAGAAGUUGGCCAUACGCAGAUGGAAGUUGAUUCUAUCCAUAGUGUUAUCGAAAGAAAAAUAGGAAGAAAGACAGAAAUAUCCGUUCCAGCUGAUUACGUUAACGUAAUAAAAAAUGCCAGAGAAAAGCCAGCGCCCUACAAAGUUGUCUACUUAUCACAUAAUGAUUUUCUGAAAUACAAUAGUGGAAUUUUUUCAAGCAUUAGACUUGGCAAUGUAAAAGGAGAUCCUUGUGUUACCGACAUUUGCUGCCUUCAAUAUCUACCAGAGGGAACUAUUAAUUACAAACUUAAAUUUUCAGACCUGUGGACACAGUUACCUCGAAGACCAUCAAAAAAAGCAAAGUUUCCAAUGAGUCACGAUUUGCUCUAUUCUUCACCCCGAUCAAUUGAAGAUACGAAGUUCGUUCAUCUUCAAGAGUUAAAAUCCAUUAUCAGUGCUGACUACCAUGAAUUUUAUAAUAAUUUAAAACACAGCUCUAGAGAUCAAUGUAAUCACAUUAAAAAGUCAGUGAUCACCCAGCUGAAUAUAAUCUCAGCCAAACUAAUUGAGCAAGGGGAAAUGCUAAAUGUACUUCGUAAAGACAAAAAUGCAACUAUCAAUACUAGAGUUCCCAAUAAUGUCAGUGUUGACAAGAUUUUAACGUUGUUGCCACUAGCUAACUUAAACUCAUUGAAAGGGGUAAAGGAUCUCCUUAAAGAUGGUGAUGCUACCUUUGAUGUACAGAAUAUAUAUGUAUAUUUUUUUUUAUCUGAGACUCAAGAGCUCAGUAGACUAGGAGGAGGAGACGUUAAAACCCCAGUGAAAAAAAUCAUGUAUAGAAUUUUGUCUAACGGGUUGGGCCAAUUGUUCAGCUGGGAUGGCGCCAAGGGAAAGGAAGUUUUCAAAAUCUUGAACAUGGUUCAACAGGAUUUAGUAAAUAUGAUUUACAUUAUCGGUGAAUGCAUAGGGUACUGGUUUUUGGCCUCACGAGUUUAUGCACAAAAAUUUACAAAUAAUCGACAUCCUGAUGGUAGAAUGCUGGAAAAUCUAAAAGAACGAUUCGAGCGUACUGGAAGCGUAGCGUACGAAAAGAAAACCAGAACCAAAACGGUUUUAAAGGAAGAAAACGAAUUCGCAAUCACCCUGGCGGUGGAGAGCUCUGAUAAUAGCAUUCAGAGCGUAAAAUAUGCAGAAAGUGACGAUAGCCCUUACAAUCCCGAACUGUCAGAUGAUGAAGUCAAUGUAGAAGUUGUAGAACCAAAUGAAGUCAAAAAACCUGCAUUUUCCGUGGAUUCAAAAAAAGUCGGAAAUUACGUUUUGGUUAUUUACAACAAAAAAUAUUUCCCUGGACAAAUCACGAAAGUUCAUAAUCUUGGAGCCAUUGUAAAUGUUAUGACACCUUACGGCAAGCAAUGGAAAUGGCCAACUCACAAAGAUGAGAUAUUUUAUAGCAACAAAGAAAUAAUAAUGGCAAUAAAAACACCUGAACGUCGUGGACAUCGAGAAGUUUUCGAUGUUCCCGAAUUGAAAGAUUUUCUUUAA